AUGGCGGCCGUAGACCCAUCGGAGUCCCCAGAACAACAGAUUUCCACCAACGAAAAGGAAGCCGAAUCGGGGAAAAUGGCCGAUAGAAGCGCCCCCGAAUGCAACUACGAACAGACAGCAGGCGCACUUGGAAAAUCCGAAGAGAGCGUCAACAACGAAGGGGUAAGCGGUGUUAGCAACGACGGCGAUGGUGGUGCUGCCAGCCAUUCGGAGGUUUGUGGCAAUCAUGACACGGGAGCUGACACAACGACGUGUAAUUCACUGGGAUCGAUAGAAAAAAUCACCCACAACAAAGAGGAUUCCUGCGGCGAUCGGCGGGGCUCCCGUUUGGCAGAAACCGAGGACAACGAGGAAGCGGUGGAAACGCGCAAAGAAAACCCCAACUGUGAUCGCAACACUCUGAUGGAAAAACCGGAGGUGCAGGUGGAUACACUUGUUGACGCUAUUUCUAAUGCAGAUGGAGGGGAGAUUAAUAGAAAAAAGUCAGAUUCUCCAGAGGAGCGCACAGUAAAGGAGGCAGUUAAUGAGUUGGGGAAUGAAGUCGAGGAUGUGGUAGAAGAAGAUGACGAUGAUGAUGUUGAUGAUGACGACAGAGGAGAGGAGGCUCGUGCGUUAGUCAAACCAAGAAAGUGGAUUCUUCAGUGCAAGGAGUGCGGGGAAAGAUUCAACCGACGAGAAACGUUCAAUCUUCACCGUCACUUCCAUGCACACAAGGAUGAGCUGAACCCCCUCACCUGUAAAGAAUGCGGCCUUACCUUUCAGCACCGCAGCAACCUCAUCAGACAUCGAAGUGAGCAUAAAGAGAAGGAGGAGCAAAUCGUAACACUAAAGAAGGAGGCACAGGUGCGGGAUGAAAGUUUCAAGUGUGCGCAAUGUGAGAAAUUUUUCGCCACAGUGGAUAAGCUGAGGGGACACAACUGCAGCGAUGUCCCAGAAAAGCCUUACCGCUGUCCACUGUGCCGCCAAGAGUUUCAAUUUAAGGUAUCUGUCACCAAACACAUGCAGACCCACUCCCUGAAGAGUGUCUUAAAAUGCCAAGAGUGCUAUCAGAGUUUCUAUGACAGCACGGCUCUGCGCUGCCACCAACGAUGUCACGCUGCGCUGAAACCCUAUGAGUGCCCUGAGUGUGGCAUGGUAUUCAAACACUAUUCUGUCAUGGAAGACCACCGCCGUAAACACACAGAGAACAUGCGCUCCCACCAGUGCAGUAUCUGUGGUAAGAUUUUCAAGUACAGCAGUCUCCUACAUCAGCACCAGUAUCUGCACACGGGCCAGAAGCCCUUCCGCUGCCCUGAAUGUGGUAAAAAAUUUGCCUUUGCUCAAAACAUGAAGGCACAUUGCCGUCAGCAUAGACUGCAUGCCGUCAACCCCCUUGCCUCCUCUGAUGAGCCGAGUAAGCAGGCCCCUGUGCCUACACAUGAGACAGUUAGGGGACCAGGGAAGGAGAACACCAACCAGAGUGUUGAACUAAAACGUGUAUUUAACUGUCCACUUUGUCCUCAGAUCUCAUACACAGCUGCUGACCUGAGAGCGCACAUGCUAAUUCAUGAGGCUGAGCAUGAGAAGCUUGAGAACAGAUCCAAAUCAGUAAAUGAGAACAUAAACAAGAGCUGGGAGAAAGGACACACCUGUCCCCACUGUCCAAGUACUUUUCGUGAUGAGUCAAGUUUUUAUGGACAUUUGUUAAAAGUCCAUAAAUCUAUUAAUCAUUAUUUAGAGAAGUGGAGGACAAGACCCAUAAAUAAAUGUUCUCAGUUAAAUUCUGAUAAUGUUCAAGGGAAGUUGAAAAGUGAUGGCAGAAGCAGUAAGUCAUAUAUGUGUCCAGAAUGUGGCAAAAUGUUCCGUCACCGCUCAGUGUUAGAAUUGCAUAUGCGCAUUCAUUCAAAGGACAAGCGGUACCAGUGCAAGGUGUGUGGAAAGGGCUUUCGAUUCAGCAGCUACUUACAGCAACACCUCAUCAUCCACACAGGCAAGAAGCCAUACAAAUGUCCUGAUUGCGGGAAAGACUUUGCCUUUCUUCAGAACAUGAAGACUCAUCAAAAGCUGCAUCAGGAAAAACCAUUCCGUUGCACUAGCUGCCGUAGGGGUUACAGUGAUGAAGCCCAGCUUCAGCACCACAUGUUAUCACAUAAUGGUGAGAAACCUCACAAGUGUGAACUUUGCAACAAGAGCUUUGGAUUACCUUAUCUGCUCCGUGAUCAUAUGAACACGCAUACAGGAGAGAGACCCCAUCGCUGUGAUGAGUGUCACAAAUCCUUCUCCUGGUUUAGCAGCCUCCUAGUACAUCAAAAAAUCCAUGCCCGCAAGCGUCAAGGUCUCAGCCAGCAUAACACUUUUCCUGUAAGUACAAGAAUGAGAGGCAGAGGUAGCAGGGGAAGGAGAGGGGGUCGGUUAGCAUGGAUCUGGCCGAAGUUGGCAGGAGGCUCAGGUAUGGUUAGCCGGCAAGGUCAGCAGGAGGCACAGCCGCCACCCCCAUAUCAAGUUCCACCACUGAGAGAUGCUGAGUGGCAUAGUAGUACAGUCCAACCACCCUCUCCCAUGUUGUCAUCUCAAAUGGAUUUACAAGGCAGACACCAGAAGGAACCAUGGCUCUCAGAGGCUCACCCUCCACCAGUUCAGUGGAAGGUAGAUGGUGGAGAAGUAAUGCCCGUUCCAAUACCUCAGCAGCCACAUUUACCCCCACAGCAAUUUGAAAUCCUUGCACACAAAAGAGAGCACAGAUUUGAGUGGGUGCUCCCUCCUAGCAGCUGUGCCAAAAAAAACCAGUGUGCUAGUAGCAAGUGA